UUCCGGUGAGGAAGCUAACAGGUUAGCGGCGCAGCUCGGGUUGUUGACCACAGUCAGGAUCCGUCUCUGCGGGUUUUGUCGCGUUAAUCGGAAGAACCAGCAGAGGAACCAGCUGCAGGUCUCCAGAGCGGGUCCCAGCUGCUGUCCAGGCCGGAGGAGAGCAGCCGAAGCCCCGCAGAGAUGCCCGAGACGGAGAGUUACUCCAACCCUCUGGCCCCUGAGGGCCACGAGCUGGACGACCACAGAGCGGCGGCUCAGUCCAAACUGACCAAUGAUGACUUCAGGAAGCUGCUGAUGACGCCGAGGGCGACGCCCUCCUCAGCCCCGCCCUCUAAAUCCAGACACCAUGAAAUGCCGAGGGACUACAACGAGGACGAGGAUCCUGCAGCGAGGAGGAGGAAGAAGAAGAGCUACUAUGCUAAGCUACGUCAGCAGGAGAUGGAGCGAGAGAGAGAGCUGGCCGAGAAAUACCGCGACCGAGCGAGAGAGCGCCGAGAUGGCGUCAACAAGGACUACGAAGAAACCGAACUCAUCAGCACCACCGCCAACUACAGAGCUGUGGGCCCCACGGCCGAGGCAGACAAGUCGGCAGCAGAGAAACGUCGUCAGCUGAUCCAGGAGUCGAAGUUUUUGGGUGGUGACAUGGAGCACACUCACUUGGUGAAGGGUCUCGACUUCGCUCUGCUGCAGAAG